CUCCGUUAAGAACAGAUAUCUAUUUAUAUUUGUUGAAAAAUAAAAUAUAGAUCGAGCUAUGUAGAUCUAAUAGGGACUUUCAUGAUUAGAUUAGAUAAAAGAGUUACGAUUCUUGUCCUUGAUCUGGUUGAGUUGAUUUUUGAGCACUAGACGUACACGUAUAAGACCUAUUCUAGAGUCUAGAUCUAGUUUUAGGCAGAGUAGACUAUCCCCUAGAUCUAGACAUGUAGAUCUGUGUAGGCCUAUCUGUUUAGUGGCAGUAUAUAUAGAUAGAUAUAGUUUACAUAUAUUGUCAAGUAGUUCAGGUGGCGUCUACAGUAAUCGUAAUGAAUACAUUCAAGUAUUUCUCGUACGGCAGUAAUUUGCUCAGGGAGAGGAUUCUAGUCAACAAUCCCUCCGCAGUGUUUUAUGGCAUUGGAAAAUUAAUUGGUUACAAGUUGACAUUUGACACCCCUAAAGACUUGCUGGAGAACCAAUGGUAUGGAGCUGUAGCUACCAUAAGAAAAGUCAGCGAAGAUCAUCACGUGUGGGGUGUGGUCUGGAGCCUGCACUUAGAGAAUCUCUCCACAUUAGAUGAACAGGAGACGGGCUACAACGCCUUCAAUGUGUCUGUUUUAGUCAACGGACAGACUGUCCAAUGCCGGACAUACGAAAUGUUUAUGGAGACCAAUGGCGACAAGCGACCGAGCCCUUACUAUCUGAAGAUCGUCCUAGAGGGCGCCAGACAGAACGGUCUUCCAGAGGAGUACAUACGUCUUCUGGAGGCGAUGGAACACAACAAAAACAUGGACCCGCCACCCAAAUACAUUAAAAUCAAGGAAGUGAUAGAGAGAUUUCGUCAACAAAACGCAUUGAGCUAAUGUAAAUAAUAAUCAAGAAUAUAUUGAAAUGUUUAGGACAAAUAAUAAACUAAUGUUAUUUUAUUUUUUUUUUCCAAUAUGCAAUAAUUUAUUAUCAACAUUAUUCCAUUAAGCAACUUUUGUACAUUCUUUAAAACAGAAGUAAUUAAUUAAGGUUACAUUUGAAAGGAGAAUAAAAAGAAGACGUUAUUGUAAGUUAGAAUUGAAACGACUGACCAAACACGUGUCCUUUUAGUUAAAGACAAAUAAAUGACCAACACAUCUCUGCAGCAUUGCCUUCUCUCUCAUCAGUUUCUGUCCUGCUUACUGCCAUACGGGUUGUCUUUUCCUUGAACGAAGUUAAAUAUUGUGUACAUAUCAUUUUUUUUUACUCAAAGUAGCGAGGCGAAGAAAUACAAUUGUGUUAGGUUGACCUUUUAAAAUUGUCUCUAAGCUACAUGGCACUAUGUUGCAUUGACUCUGACAGAAUAUCAACCAAAACAAAGACACUGUCAUUAUGCUAUGCCUGUAAUUAGUCCUAUGUGUGUGCUUGGGUGUAAUUGGCAAUGUUGAAAACUGAGCGCGAAAUAAAUAUGUCACAUCCCUAA